CUGAAUAAUCCACAUCUAGGGCAAGCUGGCUGAGAGGCGAUCCGGUGCUCAGCUCCUCUCUGCAGCCUGGGAAAAGAGACUGAGAGAAAAGACCAUUUUCAACGCAGAAGAAAAGGAGACAAGAUAUUUUGAGAUAACUGGACAUUACCAAGAAUCACAAGAGGAAGAUUUUCAUCUGCGGAUAUCUUUUAUUUAUACAUAUUGUUUAUAUAUCUAUAUAUAUUUGUACACGCGCAUAUAGGUCUUUAUAUAUAUAUAUAUAAUUAUAUAUACAUAUAUAAAUAUAUAUAUAUCCUGUACAUAUCAGUAAUUGUGCUUGUCUGUUUAUAUUAAUAUUUUUAUAUGUAUUUGUGUGUGUAAAUAUAUAAGAUAUAUAAACAAAUGAAUAUAUAAAUACACGUAUAUAUAUGAAUUUAUAAGCGUUUCACUGUGAACCAAGAGGAGCAAGAGGAAAUUUCUAUCAUCGGGGCUGGUCUCUGAUCCUGUGCUCGAAUUCAAUAUUUUGAAUAUUUCCUUUGAUCUUCUACGUCAAGAGGACAAAGACUACGUGCCCAUUUUGUAUUUUUUGUUAUCCUGUGGCUGCAUCCUGAACCCCGGAGAGCGAGAGGAUUCGACGUUAAAAAAGGGAAAACCUGUAGAGAUUCUCGUCUUAUUUGCGUCUGUGUUUGCGGCUCUGUGAGCUGAUCACAGCUUGCUGUGUAAGAUCUGAGGAGGCAGCAGAAAACCGAGUGCCACGCCGCUCCGCGUCACCCCAGCCUGCACAGCCAGCAUGCACAAACACCACCACUGCUGCAAGUGCCCAGAAUGUUAUGAGGUGACCCGCAUGGCAGCCCUACGACGCAUGGAUGCCCCUGCAUAUGGGGGAGACUGGCAGGCCGAGCCCUAUGGAUACCCACCUGGGUACGGAGGAGGCCAAACCUUACCCCCACCGGCCUCUGGGGGAGGCGGAAGCAUGGGCGGAGGAGGAGGAGGCGGCGGAGGAGGGGGCACUUUAGGAAGAAGUAAGGGCAAGAUUAUGUCUGGCGGUGGCCCCGGAGGCCCUAAUCCAAAGGGCCAGUCCAAAGGAGGCCCUAAAGUAAAUGGCAGCAAUUCCAGUGGACAAGGAGGAUGGUGGCCUGAGUGCACCUGCACCAAUCGGGAGUGGUAUGACCAGGCCAACCCUCCCCCCAUCAUUGUCAACGCAGACUCACUAGAUGCAGGCCCUUAUGUAAAUGGCAGUGACGGGAUGUACAAGUACGAGGAGAUCAUUCUUGAGAGGGGGAACUCUGGCCUGGGCUUCAGCAUCGCAGGAGGAAUAGACAAUCCCCACAUUCCUGAUGAUCCCGGGAUAUUCAUCACCAAGAUCAUCCCUGGAGGAGCAGCUGCUAUGGAUGGAAGGCUGGGGGUGAACGACUGUGUGCUGCGUGUGAACGAUGUGGACGUUUCUGAGGUAGUUCAUAGCCGAGCAGUGGAGGCCCUGAAGGAGGCGGGGCCAGUGGUACGCCUGCUGGUUCGACGAAGACAGGCCCCUCCUGAGACGAUUCUGGAGGUCAACUUGCUCAAAGGCCCAAAAGGACUUGGCUUCAGCAUCGCCGGUGGUAUCGGGAACCAGCACAUCCCAGGAGACAACAGCAUCUACAUCACAAAGAUCAUAGAGGGAGGAGCAGCCCAGAAGGACGGACGACUGCAGACCGGAGACCGCCUGUUAGCUGUGAACAACAUUGUGCUCCAGGACGUGCGUCAUGAAGAGGCCGUGGCGGCACUGAAGAACACAUCUGAUAUGGUUUACCUGAAGGUGGCCAAGCCAGGACCUGUGCACCUCAACGACAUGUACGCUCCUCCAGACUACUCCAGCAGUCUGGCCCUCCCUCCAGCCUUCCCCACCAUGGUGGACAACCACGUCAGCCACAACUACUUGGGAGCGAUGGAGCCCAAACCUGCGUACCCCCCUCCCCAGGUCACCCCGUCGCGGUACUCUCCAGUUCCACGCCACAUGCUCGGAGAGGAAGACUUCACGAGCAGGGCCGAACCAAUUUACAGUGUCAUCCACAAACCUGGGGAUAGCAAGUCGCCCCAGCCCCUCUACAGAGGCUUCUGUCCUUCCCCUGCUCCUUUGUGCCAAGCUCCGCUCCCCUUCUCCGGCAGGGAGCCGAGGAAGGUGUUGCUGCACAAGGGCUCCACAGGCCUGGGCUUCAACAUCGUCGGCGGCGAGGACGGAGAGGGCAUCUUCGUCUCCUUCAUCCUGGCCGGAGGCCCGGCCGACCUCAGCGGGGAGCUGAGGAGGGGAGACCGGAUUCUCUCUGUGAAUGGAGUGAACUUGAGGAACGCCACGCAUGAACAAGCAGCUGCUGCCCUGAAGAGAGCCGGACAGACCGUCACUAUCAUUGCUCAGUACAGGCCUGAAGAGUACAGCCGCUUUGAGUCCAAGAUCCACGACCUGAGGGAGCAGAUGAUGAACAGCAGCAUGAGCUCGGGGUCAGGCUCCCUGCGCACCAGCGAGAAACGCUCCCUCUAUGUCAGAGCUUUGUUUGAUUAUGACCGGACGAGGGACAGCUGCCUGCCCAGCCAAGGCCUGAGUUUCUCCUACGGGGACAUCCUUCACGUCAUAAACGCCUCCGACGACGAGUGGUGGCAGGCAAGGCUGGUGACGCCACACGGCGAGAGCGAGCAGAUCGGAGUCAUCCCUAGCAAGAAACGAGUGGAGAAGAAGGAGCGGGCCAGGUUAAAAACAGUCAAGUUCCACGCCAGGACAGGCAUGAUCGAGUCGAACAGGCCAGUCAAAGUAAAGCGCAAAAAAAGCUUCAACCUCUCUCGCAAGUUCCCGUUUUACAAGAGCAAGGAAAAUAUUGUGCAGGAGUUGGUGGAGUCGGAACAAUGUCUGACGUCCAACACCAGCGACAGUGAAAGUAGUUCAAAGGGCCAGGAAGAUACGAUCCUCUCCUAUGAGCCAGUUAUUCGACAAGAAAUCCACUACACAAGACCUGUGAUCAUUCUGGGCCCCAUGAAGGACCGAGUAAAUGACGACCUCAUCUCCGAGUUUCCUCACAAGUUUGGCUCCUGUGUCCCCCACACGACCCGUCCCAGGAGAGAGAACGAGAUGGACGGUCAGGACUACCACUUUGUGGCCUCACGGGAGCAGAUGGAGAAGGACAUUCAAGAUAACAAAUUCAUUGAGGCGGGACAAUUCAACGAGAACCUCUAUGGGACCAGCAUCCUGUCUGUCAGGACUGUGGCCGAGCGGCAGGGGAAACACUGCAUCCUGGACGUGUCCGGUAAUGCCAUCAAGCGACUGCAGCAAGCACAACUUUACCCCAUUGCCAUCUUUAUUAAACCAAAAUCCAUUGAAGCGCUAAUGGAGAUGAACAAGAGGCAGACGUACGAGCAGGCGAAUAAAGUCUUCGACAAGGCAGUGAAGCUGGAGCAAGAUUUUGGGGAAUUUUUCACAGCUAUUGUACAGGGUGACUCACUAGAGGAGAUCUACAACAAAAUCAAGCUCAUCAUCGAGGAGCAGUCCGGCCCCUACAUCUGGAUCCCGUCCUCAGAGAAGCUCUGAGCUCCCUGUCGCCCCGACUGCAUCGCCGCAAAGCCCCUCCCUCCUUCCUCCCAGAGACCCCACCCGCGCCUAAAUAGUCCCCCUCCUCACCUCCUUUUUGCAGAUAUGUUUCAUAUCAAGUUUUAGUGUCAUCAUUAUGUUACUCGAAAUGAAAAAGAAGUCUUAUCACCAUUACUGUGACUGUGCACACCCCUGCAUGAGUUUCUCAACAAAUCCAUUCAAGACUGGAAAAUGCCAUUGGAGAGGAAGCUGUGGAGCCAACGGGAAAAAGGAGAGAAUUCCUUUGUGUUGCGGGCGGACUGACUGACUGAAGACGGGAAUGUUUCACAUUAACCUGGAGGUGGGAUUCCGAAGCUGCAGGGGGACAGAGACUAAUCAUAUCGAGUUGGAACACUGUAAAUGUUCAUCCAAUCACGUUUGAAAAGACGAUGAGAAGUGAAGACAAAUUAAGGAUUUUUCUUUUCUCCCUGAAACUGAGUGGAAAGUCUGCCGACGGUACGGAUCCAAGAGUGGCCUCCGUUCACAGGAACUGCAGAUCUAUUUAUCACGAAGCAGCUCGCGGUUUGCUCGUCUGCCAGUGUGUCCGUGCCGCCCCAGGCCGCCAGGAGAGACAGAGGCGUGCGUUGUGAAUCUCGACAUUUAUAUUAUAAAGACCACAGAAUAAAUACUAAAAUCCUACUGAGAUUUUACUACAUAUUAAAAGAAACUACUGUUUUUUCACUUCACUAGAAUUGUCCAUUUGGAGGGCUGUUAGAUUUCUGUUUCUUUUCUUUGUGGGACUUUUUUGCUCGUGGUUCUUAGCUGCUCUGUUAAAGGAUGGGGGUAGAGACGUGUAACUGGGCUCUCUGCAAAACACCAAACUGCCUUACAUCAAAUACAAAUUCUUGUUUUGUAACUACCUGUUGUCUGUGCGGGAGGCUGCAGAUGACGGAGCAGGAGCGGAGAUCUAACACUACUUUGUCUUCAUUAGAGAGAGAGAGAGAGAGAGAGAAACAAAAAGCCUCUCCUCGUGAUUCGAUCCAAUUGGAUGAGCCAAAGCCUCCCAAAACGCGUUGAGCAGCAGCAGACCUUCUUACACUCUCUGCCUUCUGCGAGGGGCUUUUAUCUAAUGGAGUGGUCACACGGUACUGUGCUAUCGGCCUUAUAACGGGUAGAACAAGACAAUAUUGUAUUGGAUGUCCUCAAUGAUUAAAGAGUCAAUAUAACCUGUUUUCAAUUGUCCCCUACCAAAACCAACACUAAAGUCCUGUUUCAUUCAU